CGAUCGCACCGUGGAUGAAUGGCUCUACAGACAGAUGUCCUUGGCCGCAGAUAUAUUCCUGGCCGCAGAUGUAUUCCUGAACGCAGAUGUGUUCCUGGCCCGCAAGCAGACAAGAUCUUCGCGGGCAAAUGUCGUUGCUGCCCCCAAUGAUCCGCCAGGCUGGUUUCAUCCAGCCAAACGCGGACCCAAGGGCCGGCUUCGCUUUUGCGGGCUGUUCCUCUGCAAUCGCUCCGAUCUUGCCACUCGCAGCCCCAUCGACCGAUCGUACAGCCAUGACGAAGGCCGGACAGCUCUUGGCCAGAGACUCCCACAGGCAACAGCCGGGCGCUCUGUUCGGCGCCGUCUGCUUUCGCAUCUCGAGCUCGGUUCCGCCACACCAACACAGAUCUCUGCAUGAAACACUGGCGAUGCAUGGCGCACAUCCCGAAUCCUCGUCCGGAGCCGUGCUGACACAUGUCAUCUCACUCGACGCCGAAGAAGCAGACUCCAGAGAGCAGGGGGUGGUGGUCGUCACGCCAGCCUGGGUCGCUUCAUCCGUCCAGCUGAAGGAGCUCGCCAGUCCAGCAGGAUUCUCGGCAGAUCGAUCCAUGAUCUUUUCGGGAUUCGUCGUGGCCGCUGACGGGAUGAGCGACCGCGACCUAUCAAUCUUUGGAGGGAUCGAAGCCUUGGGUGGGCAGUGGCGGCUGUCGCUGGAGCCCGAUGUGACGCACCUCAUAGCUCCCUCAGACGAGACGGCCGUAUGCAAGGCAGCGACAGCUCGAGGAAUCCCGGUUAUCCUGCCACACUAUUUCGACGACUGCAUCGCCCUGAAGCGACGCCUCCUUGAUGACAUCUACCGCUUUCCCAGUCCAAAGUUCUUUGUUCUGGACGACCCGGCAAUGCUGUCAAGGUAUGCAAAGGUCUCAGCGAUCGGAAAUGAAGAAGCCGACACCGUCGGAGAUACCUCAAACUUUCUCAGAGAGCAUGUGUUCUUUAUCGAACCACGAAUAUGGAGUACACGCAACGAGAAGGAAUGCGCUGCGAUUACCGAGUUCAUCGACAAGCACGGCGGAUCCGUCGCAAGCGAAUACGGGCCAGAGGUCACCUGCGUCGUGGUGGUGAAUCGAGAAAGCCCCUUCUACCUCGCCGGCGAAGAAGAUGGCAAGAUGGUUGGCUCGUGGCUGUGGCUCAAGGUGAUCAUCAAAAGCAAGCAGAUUCGCUCGCCGAGGCUCAGACUUUUGCAUUAUCCGCCACCUCCUCAACUCGAAGGGAUGCGGGGCCUUACUAUCUCCGUCACAAACUACACUGGCAAGGCACGAACCGAUAUAGAGUACCUGAUCGCGAUUCUGGGUGGACGCUACACGGGCCAUCUUACGCCAACAAAUACCCAUCUUAUCUGCGCCAGACCAACAGGCAGCAAAUACGAGAAGGCUGUCGAAUGGAACAUCCAUGUGAUCAACCACCUCUGGCUGGAGGAAGCAUGUCUCCACGGCGUCAUACCCCGAGAAUCUCGAAUGCCAUUUGUUCGGUACCCGCCGCUGUUGUCGCGGUGUGUGGGCGAAGUCAGUGUCCCGCUCUCUGUCAUCAAGCAAGCCAUUGGUAGCCUCAAGACAACAAGCAGCUCACCCGAGACACACCCGUCCCUGGCCGCAGCUGACUGCAAGAUCCAAAUCGGAGAGAGCGGCCGGCGAGCUGGAGACCCGAGCGACACACGCAGCGACCCGCCAAGGGCUUCGGCCGCUCCUCCACGACCACAGUCAGCUCAUAAGAUCGAACGUAACACGAUUGCUGCCGACGCCAUGCCAAAGAAAGGGCCCAAGGCCGACCGGGACGCACUCCCCCCACAUUCCAAGCGACUCGACAGCCCAGGCGGAGCGAGCGAUGACCGGGACACCGACGCCAUCGAGAUGCAGCACGAUCCUGUCAAAGACACCGGAUCCAAGCCUCUGAUUGCAGAUGGCGAGCAUGACGGCUUUGAUGAAGCUCGGUCGAAUGACGACGACUCUGGAACCGUACACGAGGAGCAGCAUCCAGAUCUCAGGCACAAGCUGCCCGCUGGUACUAAACCCGCACCCGAGCUUCUUCACCCUGUUGUCGAAAUGCCGGUGGGUGUGGAGCUUAAGACUGCCAAGAAGCGACCGCGGUCGGCAAAGCCCGGCUCUAGUGAGCCCCGCCAACCGAGUACAGAGCCAAAGUCCAAGCGCCACCGACCAGACUCGCCCAUUGAUCUCGACGACGAAGCGCCUGGCGAGGUUGAGUCUGGGAAGCCUGCCAGACCAAAUCCCAAAUCUUCGUCCCGUGCCGCCAAACCCACAACGGACCGGCGUGCAACUCCCAAGACCGUAUCCACCCCCACCACCAACAGAAAGAUCCCUCCAACAAACAGGGGACCCGGGCCCUCGGUGAGCAGCGCAGAAGUUACUCCAGCUGGAACGCCAUCAGCCGAGCACAAGCAAAAGGGCAGAAAGUCGCGAGCGGGCACUCCAAAGCCCGCCAGCUACCGAAUCUUGUUUACCAAAGUGGAGGCGCCGUUUAUCCGGAUGGACUUUGUCGAGGAGUUGGGUGGGCAUGAAGCCCGCAAUAUUCGCGAGUGCACUCACCUUGUCGCCCAGAAGAUCGCUAGGACCCAAAAGUUCCUGAUAUUCCUCAACUCCAUGAAGGAACACCACCACAUUGUACACGUCGACUGGCUUCUGGAGAGCAACAAGGCAGGACGGUUCCUUGACCCAGCCAAUUUCCCGCUCGUGGAUCGGAUAACAGAAGAAAAGUACCAGUUCAGCCUGGAAGAGUCGAUUGCGCAUGUCAAGAGCAAUCCGCCGUUGCUGAAGGGCAAGCGCUUUUACAUGACGAGCAGCGUUACGCCGCCGUUCGAAACCAUGAAGGAUAUCAUUGAGACUGCUGGGGGUGAACUCAUAUCAAAGAGCUAUCCAAAGCUUGCAGAAGAUGCCGAGCGCGGCCGGGUGAUCGUCUUUUCGAUCGAAGAUGACUACAAGGAGUGCCGAGCCUUCAUCGAGCGCGGCGUCCGGCUCUACUCGACCGAGCUCUUAUUGACGGGGCUUCUGAGGAGAAAGAUUGAACUCAGCGAUCAAGAGUUCUGGAUCCACUUCGCCUCUCGAUAAUCGCUGUGCUGUGCCGCACUAUCUAGCCCCACCCCAACUGACUCUUGCAACAGCGAAAUGGAAUACUGGUGUUCCUAACCAGGCAGUGUGGAUGCACCGCCACUGUUUGGGGGUGCUCUGAGCUCCAGGUGCAAGCUCUUCAUGAGCGGAUCCCUCGGGAGUAUAUCGGGCUGGCCUGGACGGGAGCGGUCGUAGCUGCGGCGGGG